ACAACCGGGUAUAGUAUGCCUAGCCUACACUGCAGUCAGGUGAACUCUGAGAACAUCAUGAUGACUGCAUGGUGUAGAACGAUCAGAUUCUUACCAUCUGUGGUGUAGACUUUAGAAUAACAUGGAACACCACUUUGGGUAUUCGGUGAUCAGAAACUUCGACUACUCUCAGCCAUUCGCAGAAGGCAUCGUCAACAAAGGCCAACGUGGGCAUCGCAAUCUGCACAUUGUGAGCAAAACAUAUCUCGAUAUCUUUUUACCGAUUCAAAGUCAUGACCCAGCAAGGACUACCCACAAAGUUCCCAUUUCUCACCAAGAUGAGAAACAUGGCGUAGAUUCUCGACAGAAGCUGAUUAUCGGAAACGCCAGGAAUGCCGCCACGCCUACUCGCCAAAAAUCUUCAGCUUUUGAUACAGAUGCGGAUUCAAACGUUGAUGGUGGAGACGUGCGAAACUGUUCCAAGGUUGGAGAAACUAUGGAGAAAAGGGGUAAAAAGAGGCCACCGCCUCUGGUAGUCUUCGGGUAUGGUGGUGGUUGGCGAAGAGGUGACAAGCAGACAUGGCGGCAUUACAUCUCUCGAUGGGACGUCAAUUUGGCUUUGGCGGCACUCGUCGGGCGUGACCGUUACUAUAGCAACAUAGGGGAGAGUUUCGUGAGCCGCGGGAUUCCAUGUGCAGUCCUGUCUUACCCCCUCGUACCAACCCCAUUCCCGAUCAAUCUAUUCGAAAUCGGGAGUUCGUUUGUUCUUUCGUUUGCAGUCAUCCUUCUGCUAGCCCUCUCCUCGACUUUGAUACUAGAUGUUGUGCUAAUAUCGCUAUCAUACUCGUCACUUAUGCUGAGAACUUGGGACUACCUACAGAAUCAUUUGGACUAUCCGAUCCUGACAGUACUGGCAGUAGUUGCCAUUUUAUCACAAUUACUAACCCUUGGAAUCAUGGUGUCUCGAGAACUUUCUCUCAAGAGUCAAAAUCAAUCUAAGAGCGGGAUGUCACUUUCAAACUUCAUAUCUAUUCUCAUUGUUUUCAGUGCAAUCAUCUGGGCAGUAUUAACAUUAGAUUCAUAUUGUUCUUAUAUACCUAACAACAUCCGGAUGUUGUCAGUCUCUGGGGCGCUUGUGUUGUUUGUCCAAUAUCUUGUCUACCACUUUCAGAAGAUGACGACGUUCCGCCAGACGUCUUCAAGAUCCUGUCUUGUUGCCGACCCCAAGGGUCAAGCAAAAUGUGUAGCUCUUGCCAUGAGGUGGCUUGUAGACUAUGGACGGUCAACUGGUCACUUCGAUCCAGAAUCGUUGGUCCUCAUGGGACACUCGGCUGGUGGUCAUCUGCUAUCACUUGUAGCCCUUGACCAUCACUAUUUGACAGACGUUGGAAUCGACCAUCGAAUUAUUAAGGGUGUCAUCACUUUAUCAGCUGUCCAUGAUCUUCGAAGUAUCAGCGCGGGAUUACCUUACCACAUCUACCUCAAACCAGCCUUCGGGAAGGAUCCUUCUUACUGGACCAGCAUGUCUCCAAUUGAGUAUAUCAAACUGGAUGAGAAGGUGGUCAAGACGGUGGAUAAAUCUGAUUCUCGCCAGCCUUUGCCCAGUACGCCAACUUCCCCGUCCUUGGGCAACAACCCCACCCCGACGAAUUUCCGAUCUCCUCUGUCUUCUACUAUUAACUCAUUUACUCCCCAUCGCCCUCAUUUUCUCAUCAUCAGCGCCGGCAAGGACUUCGAUUUCAUGAUCAAGGAUUCCGAGAUGAUGCAUUCCAGUCUAGAGAUCAAUGGGUACCAAUCCCAGAGGCACUUCAUCCAAGGGUGCAACCAUUUCACCAUGGUUAGGAAGUUUGGUUGUCCGUGGUAUCAGUACUGGAUUGGUCAUAUUAUUGGGAUAAGGCGGGACUGGAAACCCACGGAUGGAGAGCUAAUGUGCUGGGACUUUGUUCAACAGUUCUGGAACUGUGAAUAGUCAGAUGUUUUGCGUUGGUUACAGUAAUCAAAUAAAUAUUUGAUUGAAAUAACACUUUUUUAACACUACAUUAUUGAUGCAUUACUUUAAGGUAUCGUUUCAUGCUAUUUUCCCUCUGGCUGUUACCAUAGUAACGGUUAGAUAACUUUGCCAUCAUGGCAACUACCAUGGAACAUGGCUCAGCACCAAGGUGGUAGUUACCACAAUGACAAAGUUAUCAUAUUCCUUUU